UGAUCUUCAAAAUUACUUUGUAGCUACAUACAUCAUUUUAGGAUUUAUUUAAUCAUUUAUCAAAUGCUCUCAAUUGUGUCGGAUGGAUCGUCGCGUCGCAAGCGCGAGGGAGUUUCGAGUCAUCGGUCAUUCGUUCAACAUCGUCCUGCAGCUAGAAUGUAUCCCAAAAUCUGCGCCGCUAACUCGCUCAUCCUAAUCGCUGUAUUUUUCAUUAAUUCAGUGAAUAGUUUGAAAUGCUAUUCCUGCGUAUCAAUCAACAGUGGCGACUGCUUCACCAAUCCGUCCCAAAGAAAAUUCAUAACCGAGUGUAAUCCAAGCUCGAUGAGAAAGCGAAUGGUCGACGUUAGCGGCAUGUCAGCGUUGAUUGACAACUUGAUGGAGGAACUCAAUUCCAUCGACCUUAAGUGGGAGUGUGUCAAAAUCGUCUCUAAGCCCAUGGGACAAUUGACAACUGUACGGUCGUGCGCCCCGAUCAAAUUGCCCUGUCCAAACGAGCCAGAUACCCGCUGCUACCACUGCAAAAAGCAGUUGUGCAACUCCGCCGAAAGCGCGAGCCUCACCAUGGGAAUGUUUGCCGUACUUGGCGUCGUCGGCGUCUACUCGGCCAAAUGAAAGAAGAUCUUGUGUACUCAUUGAACUCUUGUAAUCAUAAAAAAAAAAAAAAAAUU